CUAAGAUUUUGCCAGUUGACUGUGGAAAGCCAAUGUCUGCCGAAGUAUCGUGGAAAGACGGUGGACACUCCCAGUUUUACCAUGUUUUAUUCAGCGUGGAUGCCUUUAAAAAUUCAAUAGAAGUGUAUACCGUGCCAAUUGCCUUUAAAGACGGAAAGAACAUGUAUAAUGUAUAUGUAGACAAUUUGAUGGCAGGACGACUAUAUACAUUUAAGAUUGCAGCAUACAACACCGACGGAAAUACAACAUCACGUGAUGCUGUUGGGUGUACAAUUCAGGGCGAAUGUUCCUGCGGUAACGACAACAUGUAUGUAACAGGAGUUGCCCUGAUUUGUACCGGCGUUAUCACGCUCCUGUUAACAGUUGGACUUGGAAUAUUCAUCAGUCGAAAUGGUAGACUGCCUUUUAUCAAAGGCCAGCAUCUGAAACAAAGGGAGUUUCAGAACGUACAACUUUCAGAACGAGCUGUGACAUCCAAUAAGGAGGAGGACGAACGAUCUCCAUAUGAACAACUCGAUACGAAUAAAAUUACCAAGGCGUCUGUGUACUCUGAAAUAGGAAGUCAUCAGCCAGGUCGUCGGAAAGAUCCAGUCAAUGACAACAGAGAAUGCGAGUCAUUGGAGGGUCGGUCGAAUCCAAACGUAUAUGAAGAGCUCCAUGGUACACCAUCUGGUGAUAAACAGAUAUACAUCAACACCGCAAUUGCCGAGGGGUGUUUUGGCUCCGGGAAUUAAUCCAUCUGGUUCACAAGAACUCGUAAUAAUGAAUAGCCAGAGGAAGCUUCAAUUAAUACGUAAGCUUUCCAAAAGGUUUCUAUUGGACUAAACCUAUCAACCGUAGACCGGAAAUGUUAUGAAUAAUAAUCAAUCUAUAUUAGUCAUAUAUCAUUGUGCUUGUUAUAAUUAUGGAUGUAUACAGUUGUGUGAUUGCACAACGCACCAAAAUAACCGUGAACACAUCUUGUGCACAAUUUGACAAUGAGCAUGUCAGCAGCCCUUACUUCUCCUCUGCACCUGUGUCAGUCCGGGCAUAAGUAUUGGACAUGCAUACUUGGAUGAUUUUAUUGGGUAUUCAGUCGUUACAGUAUGACGGAAUUAUUUCGUUUUCCAAUGCACUGCUUAAUUUACGAGCUAUUUCCAAAAACAGAGAAAGAUAUCUACACGUUUGAAUGACUAAAAUUAAUAGUGUGUUACUUGGUAGGUUCAUAUUGUAUUCCGCUCCAAAAUGUUAAUGAUACAAACACUUUGUGUUUUCAGCAAUAUAUAUUUAGAGGUUGACCGCAGAUAGAGGUGCUAAUCUACUAUUUCUUGUUAUUUAUAUCUAUAAUAACAAGUGGAUUUUCCUAAAUACACGACAUUGGUAGGAUUGUCACCCAUUUACGGGUUUAUCAGUCGCCAGAUAACAGCCAGACAAUUAGGCGAAAACGCUAGCAAGUAUGUUUAUGGUUUAUUCAUUUAUUAUUCCAUUUUACAGAUCACACAGGCACUAUGUUAUGCAUUUCUCUCUCUAUGUAUAUCCUUUACGACGAACCCUCUAUACAUUUUACUGUAAAUACAUGUAUGCCCUGAAUGAUAUUAUUGCAUGUAUAUGAUGCAACUGGUACUUUUUUUAGAAAUUGUAGGCUAGCAAUUUGGCGAAAUUUUCAGAUUGUUUUCAUUGAAACAUGUGGAGGCCGCGGUUAAAUGAAUACUUACUCAUAGGGCGAGUACAUUUUGCAAUAGGUAUUUUCUUUUUAAAUUGCAAGAUUUUUUUGAAAUCCUAUUUGUAAAAGAAUAUGUAAUUUAAUAGUCUAGUAUGAGAUAUGUGUGCAGUCACUUCAUUCUGUUUGGAGUAGUAAAUUACAUGUCUACUACGGGACAACUUAAAAAUGAGACCACAUGAUGCCACAUCUACGCAUAUAAAGGGAUUAUACACGAAUCAUUCGUCACUCAAACAUAUGUGUUUAUACGGUUUUUGCAUGUAAAAGUUUUGCAUUUUUAUACAAGCGUAUUGCUUUAUUUCAAACGUAUGUUGUAUGUUAUACAACAUACGUAGUAUUGCAACAGAAAUCAAUAUUCUGAUUAUUUGUUAAAUUUGUAUGUUUCCAUGUAUAUAAUAUAGUAUUUUAGAACAUGUGAUGUUUGCUAAACUAUUGUAUAGAUUCAUUUUGUUACUAAUUGAUUGAGAUUGUAUUGAAAUAGUAUUGUUGUACCAGUUUUUGACAAUUAAGUACUUUAACUAACUAACAAUUUUAGCUCGCAUCAUUCUAUUCUUUUUUGUGUGUUUAACAAAUGUUUGUAUCAAAAGACCCACAUGAAACUGCUCGUGUAACAAUCGUGGUUUUAAAUAUCGUAGUGCUACCCUUCAAGUAUCUAUAAUCAAAUGAAUAAUGCAUGGAUGUACUUCAACUGGCUAGUAGUUACGUUAUAUAUAUGUAAUGCUUAAAAGACCCACCCAACCCGUUAUGCGCCAAUCUUCUUUGCCUUAUUGAUAUACCAGCGUGGUGUUUGAUUAUGUUUUUUAAUGAUUUACUGAAUUUGUAUCAUGUGAACUUGAAUAUCAUGUAAUGUCGUUCAGUUAAACAUACUUCGCACCAACUUACGCCACCAUAGUACUGUAUUUACCAGAUUUCAUUAACGUAGGACAUAUGAUUAUUCAGGAGAAGAGGUUCGAAAACAUAAUAUAUUUAGGAUUAAUUAAUCUGAAUCAACUUGCUAAUCCUUCAAUCGAGCAUGCGUAUGGCUAGAUAGCAUCCUUGUUGGUCUAGGUAUUCAGAAUACGUUGUUUGAAAUCAUUAAAAAUAGCACAGAUGAACAUGAAUGUGCCUGAAGGUCAACCAUUUAAACGAAUUUUGAAUUCCUUCAUCACAACACGCUACUAGCUAGAUAUAAUGGCCCUAACAUUCUUAAAACAUGAGAAGAACAUGUUAUACCAAUGCAAACAAAAUACAUUAUUUGAUCACUGCCGUUUAGCAAGAAAAUUAAGCAUUGUAUCACGUAGCCACCAAUUAUGAUUAAGGACCAUAUGGUCAAUUGAUCCCUUCUUUGAAUAUGUUCGAUCUCAUAUUUUGAAAGAAGUUGUUAUAGGGGCAUCACGCUGAAGUAACUAUGUUUUUGUGUCUUUUUUUCAAAUACUUCAUAAACAUAUCAAGUGAGAUUCCUUAUGGAAAAUAACGAUCGGAUUUGGCUGAUAUAGAUUCAUAAACAUGAUUUAAUCUAAGAUAAUCAUCGGUAUUUCUACCUAUCUGACUAACGUUUUGUUCAGGGAUUUCCCUCUACUAGCGCA